CGCCUUUCCCGGUCAUCCCAUUGCCGUUAAGCUAUAUUUUGGCCGCAGGUGGUUCUUUCCCAUUUUUUUGACACCUCAGGAAGUUUCAUAGUGGGGAUUAAUUUUUCAGUGUUGAUCAUUUCAAAUUUAGUUUUUUGUUUCCUUUAGGAAACUAGGAAACUUCAUGGGUGGUACAAAAGUCAAGUCACAAUUUAAUACACUGCAUAGCAUUUACCAAUUUCCCUCUAUAUAAACACUGGAAUAGUUCCAGUACUUCCAUUUCUUUCUCUAUCUCCAUCUCACUUUAAAGUGUUAACAUUUCUCUCCCUUAAACUCAAGACCCGGUUGAUAAGUAAGCUUGUGAAAGCCUUCAUCUUAAACAGCUUCUACUACUUUGGGUUUCAGGAACUUGUAGAAGAUAUGGAGAGGAGGCUAUCGAUCUGUAUGAUAGUAUGGUUUCUGGGGAUCACAGCUUUUGCUUUAGGUAUUGCUGCAGAAUUUAAGACUAUCAAGGAAUCUGAUAUUCAUUUUUUCGCUCCUGGCGGAUGUGAAUACCCAAGGACCCCAGCUUUCGCCCUCGGAUUGACUGCAUUUGUGGUUCUUUUUAUUGCUCAUACAAUGAUUCAUACUUCAGCUGGCUGUUUUUGUUGUAAUUUGAGACUAUGUAGUUGUGCUGUAUUCUAUGCGUUCAUGUCCUGGUCGAUGUUUGCUCUAGCUUGUAUUCGAUUACUUGAAGGAUCGAUGGUGAAUGACCGACAUGAGAUGUACUCCGACGUUUGUUACGAAGCUUUCGAGCGUUGGAUAUUUGCAAGAGGUGCACUAUGGAGUCUCGGAAGUAUUACCUAUGGGGUUCUGUUUUACCUCUCCAAAUCUUCAAUCAAAGAUAUGAACCAGAUGGGAACCUGAGGCAAACUUGAAGAAUAAAUAUGAAACAAGAGAUUUACGUGGUUCGGCUACGACCUACAUCCACGGAAAAAGAAAGGGAUUCGUUCUUAUUACAAUAUCAAUGAAGGACAAUAUCAAUGAAGGUUAGAGAGAUCCUUAUAUAAGAGUUGCAAUCAAAAUAUCUUUAGGAAUAAAUGCUAAAGAUAGUUGUGAUAUAUUCUUAGCAUAUGUAUUAACCAGUAUUGAUACAUAUAUGGAACUAGAAUCAAUUAAGAUAUUUCUUCUCCAAUCAACACUCUCCCUCAAGUUGAUGCGAAGAUGUCGAUUGAGCCCAACUUGGACAAUAUCUCAUGAAAUGAUGCAGCUAGUAAGCCUUUCGUAAAAAUGUCUGCAAGUUGUUGAUGACUACGCACAAAUGGUGUGCAAAUUAUCUUGGCCAGCAUCUUCUCUCUAACAAAAUGACAAUCCGCUUCAAUAUGCUUCGUCCGCUCAUGGAAUACUGGGUUUGACGCAAUAUGCAUAGCAGCUUGGUUAUCACAAAACAUUUUUGUUGGUUCUGACGAACGAAAACCCAAAUCACUUAGUAAAGCUCGAAUCAAAAUAAUUUCACAAGUAGUUGACGCCAUA